GCCUCCUGAGGCUCCCUCGUCGCCACGGCCGGAUCCACAUCGAGGUCUCGGUCGGGACGCGCUUCGGGACAGGCUCGGAUGCGAAUCCGCACCCAUUUCGGCCCAAGGCCGUGCUGCUUGCUGGAGCGCCCGCAUGCGCUGAGUAGGCGGACGCAAUCCUUAUCAGUUGCCGGGACGUCGGACGAGGCUCGGCAGUCCUCGUCAGUGACUGCAGCUCGGCGCAAACCCUCCUCGUCCGGGAGCGCACCUCGUCACAGGCCCCCGCCGCCUCGCAGCCGCCGAAUGGUGGUCUCCGUGGCGGCAGCCGGCGAGGGCGGCGGCGGAGAGUGGCCGUUCGCUUGGCGCGCUGGUGCGGGCAAGGCCGCGGAUCCGGGACCGGCAGUCGCGGACGCCACCGCAACGGACGCCGAUGAGCACGAGGAGCCGGACUCUGCCGCCCUGGAGGGCCGCCACCUCGAGCUCGCCCUCGCGGGGGCCGUGCCGACCGUGCGGGAGCUGGACCGCCUGUGGGAGUGCCUCGGCGAGCUGGCGCGCUCCCUCGCGCCGCUCGGGCGAGGCUGGCGCCUGUCUCCCUUCGGGAGCGUGAAGAACAUGCUCCUCACCCGCGGCUCGGACAUCGACGUCACCAUCUACCGGUCGGACGCCCAGGACGAGGGCGAUGCCGCUGCGGCGGUGCGGGUCCUGCAGGGGAGCGUGCUCCCGCUGCUGGCGCAGAGCCCGAGGUUCGAGCUCGUCCGGCUGGUCCUCGGGGCCAGGAUCCCCGUCCUGAGCCUGCGUUUCGACGGCGCCGUGGACGUGGACCUCUCCUGCCACAACACGGAGCCGCUGCGGAACUCGCAGCUGCUCCGCGCCUACGCAGAGGCGAGCCCGAUGGCGCGGGCCUUGGCGCUGCUUGUGAAAGUCUGGUCCAAGGCCGCCGGCGUCUGUGGGGCGCAGGGCGGGAACCUGACCUCCUAUGCCCUGGCGCUGAUGGCGCUCUACUUCUUGCAGGUCCACCCCGACUUCGGGCUGCCCCUGCUCCCCACGCAGCUGUUCGACGGCUUCGGGCCCCCGCCCGCCGCGCCGCGCUGGGAGUGCCGACCCCCGCUGCCCGAGGCGCUGCGGCAGUUCUUCGCGUUCUACUCUCGCGAGUUCGAGUGGGGCAGCGAGGUCGUCUCGGUGCGUCUCGGCCGGCGGUGCGGGGCGGGCAGCCCGGAGUUCGCUCGGCUGCCGACCACCACGGACCAUGCCCACGCCCGGGAGUUGCCCAUUGCCUCCGUGUGGGAGGCGCUGCCCCGAAGGAUCCUCGGGCGGCGCUGGGUGCUGAUGACCUCCCGCCUCCCCGAGGGCGGACACCUCCCCUGAGGUCUGACGUUGCAGAACAAGUGCAACAUCGCCCAGAAAGCACGACAGGAGCCCCGGGCCCCAUCUUGCUGCGUCAUUUUUCGAGCUGGCUCGAUCUGUGAGGGCGCCGCGGGGCCCGAGCCUGGGCAAACAACGCCCAUUGCGCAAAAGUUGCCACGCCAGGAUCUCAGGGCCAUGACACCUGGCGCUCCGCGAGGUCCCUGCAGGGCGGCGCGCCUCCGCCCCCGUGGCUGCGGACAGCAGAGUCCCGCGCGUGGUCCGUCGCCUGCACGUGGAGGACCCCUUCCUCACGGGCAGGAACCUCAACUGCGUGCUCGGCCUCGACCAGGAGGCCCAGCUGCUGGCGGCACUGCGCGCCGCCGAGGCCGCGCUCCGGGG